UCUCUCUCUCUCUCUCUCUCUCUUUUUCUCUCUCUCUCUCUCUCUCUCUGUCUCUUUCUCUUUCUCUUUCUCUCGCCGCGAAUGUGGACAAUCUACGACGAUUUAUCGUGCUGCUGCUGUUUUUCCUGGUACUCUUGCUAUUGCUAUUGUCGCUGUUAUUACUAACUAUUACCCUUACUAGAGUUACUAUUAACGACGACAGUUACUACCGCUGCUGCUGCUGUUUUUCCUUUUCCUCCUGCUCCUUAUGCUUCUGUCGUCGUCGUCGUGAUCGUCGUCGUCGUCGUCGUCGUCGUCGUGUCGUGUCGUGUCGUUGUCGUCGCGAAGUUUGCGAAUUUUAAUACAUCUAUCAAUUUGAAAGGACUUUAAAACGACCGUUUUUAAGUAAAAGAAAUAUAUUCACGGAGGAAAUCAAUUAGUGUGUGGUCUUUAUCAUAAGGCCCUAAAACAGGGUUUCUCUUACAAAGAGAACACUGAUACAUCCUGAUUGUCACUUGAUAGCAUCCGAGGCGCCAAACUUGUCCGCAUCGGCGCUUUCUCCAGACCAAGUAGUAUCAAUGUUGUCUGGCAAUGGUGUGUAAGGAGAACGUGGUAUCAUGGUUUGCGAAUCUGUCCAGUUAUAAACGUAUAGAUGUCAUGUGCACGUUGCUAAAUAUGUGCUUGCCAUUUGAAGUACGAUACCUUGGCACGUGUGUCGAGGAUAUUGGAAAGCGAGAAUACAAUGAUCUACGUGAUACAGAGCAUCGUGCAAACAACGUCACAGAUCUUACGGAACUGACAAACCUCGAUGUCAUGGAAAAGCGCACAAGAAGAAAACUUGCUCUCUAUGUGGCACUGCUGCAUUCUUGCAAUUAUGCAUGUGCAGUGAUCUUAUACAAGAAUUUGUCCAACUUAGAUAAUCAAGAGAUUUCUAAUAUUCUCAAUGGGGCCGCUAAUACGUCGGAUGAUCAACCUCUGGAAGAAUUACUCUUACUCUAUACAAUGGCGUUAAAUCACCCAGCCUUUACGUAUGAACAGAAAAGUGUCUUUGGUAACAUUUUCAUGAAACUUCAAGAAGAGGAGACGCGGUUUAAUCUUUCUAAGCCUAUCACUUCUGGCAAACCUGUACAAGGCUGUACACCAUGUAUUAACACGAAUGAUAGAUUAGUGGAUCCUGAAAUGCAAAGUAGUUGCUUGAUGCCGCCACCACAAAUGCAAACUUAUCAUGGAGAUAUGUCGAUGAGAAAUAAUCCAAUGAUGAGUGGAAUACCGCCUGGUCUUUCUAUGCCUCCACCUGGUUUAUGUUUACCUACACCUGAACAAAUGUCGAUAGGUUCUGGAGGCACUACGCAAUAUCUUCAUCUUGGUUUUCCAUCAGUUAAUCAUUUACCACCAUGGGCAGGUCAGGUUGUAAUGGGAAAUCAACUGAUGUAUCAUGCCGGUGACAUGUUGGCUUAUCCACCUUCCCCUUUAGUCAGUCGUCAGUCUUCGCCAUCCCAAUCUCGAUCUCCUAGUCGUAGUAAUUCUCCAAUGGGUAGAAGAAAUAAUGCAAUGCCGCGUACAUCUUCGCAAGUCACUCAGUCAACUUCUAAUACUUUGACAUCGACGAGUACCUGCAAUAGUCAGAUGAGUAUCUCUAGUUCCAAUGCCAGUUCCUUCCCUUUAUUUCCUGCACUUGGCACCAACAGAAGUCUUCCAGCACAAUCACCAUUACUUCCAUCGAGAUCUCUUCCUUUACCUAUUACUAGCACUACGAGUUUCUCUAGACAUAACAGCAUAGACAACAAUCCUUGCACGUUAAUCUCAGCAACACAAUCAAAGCAACCACCACCACCACCUCCUCCACGAUUAAGGUCUUCGACAUCUGGAGAUUCUUUAAGGGAGACAUUGGGCAAAGAAAUGCCAAACUUUAAAGGAAACCUACAGGAUAUUUCUCUUGAUCAGAUGCGGAGAAUGAGUGACGAAGAUUUAAGAGAAAUUGGAUUAACUCCUAAUGCUGUAGGACAAUUGAGGAGUAUAAUUAAAAGUCAAACUACUAAUGGAUUGAAUCAAAUUACUACGGAUAAGAAGCUAGACAAUACUAAUAAUUCUGGAAAUACGAUGGGAGAUUCUAUGGAAAAUGAGGGUAUGCCAGGGGUUGACAUGAUAAAUGAUGGUGGAAAUCAAGGUCCCAAAUCCAUGUUGAUGCAGGAACAACAACAUCCAGCAAUGCAUCAUCAUCACAAUCAUGCUGUUACUCCUAAUUUAAGACGUUACCCUGCUAUGCCACCAUUGGAUCCUACGCAGAUUCAAAUGUAUCCUGCCCCAGCUCCAGUCUACACAGCUCAAAAUGCACCGUGUUAUGCCUGCCUCACUGUACCCGUUGCUGGUGUACAAAAUCGAUAUUCAAGGUGCAACGCUCAACACGUUUAUUGUUUAGCUCAGCUGCAAGCUUUGAGAUUGGACCAUGAUAGCAGUCGACAUUGCUCGCAGAGUAGUAGCUCCGAUAGUUCCGGUAGUAGAUCACCACCUGAAACACCUCCAGCAGCUCCAUGGGUUGGAGGAAAUGAGAGUAAUACGGUACCGGUUACAGAUCAUCUUGGUUCUGUUCCUAUGCAUUCUACAGGUGGUACAUCUCAUCCAACACCUCAACAGCAACAACAACCGAUGCAACCGCCGGAAAGACAACGCAGUAGAAAGAAUCAGGCACAUCUGAUGCGUCAUAAAAAUCAAAUAGUGAAUGGUGGGGGACCUCCAAGCUUACCUCAUUGCGUUUCCUUUCCUACACCGCCUCCGCAUUCACAAGUCACGUAUCUACCCCAUGGGCACUUCUCUGCAUUGAGGCCAAGUAGUGGUAUCUACUCUAACUACUCGCAUGGUCCUUAUGCAAGGCCAGCUUACCCAAGCACAUACCAGCCAAAUGGCGAAAUGAUGUAUCAGUUUCCUGGACAUCCAGCUUCAGGAGGAACGCCGCCGCCACCGCCCAAUGCUGCAGGAACGCCUGCUCCGUACAUGCCACCUACGCCCGUUGUCACUUACGCACCAGCUGCUGUUCAACCUCCUAAAGUAUCCUGCUAUAACUGUGGUAGCAGUAAUCAUAUCGCGAUAGAUUGUAAAGAUCAGACUAUGGAGGAUCUCACGAAGAAAGCUCAAUAUCGGUUAGAUUAUACGAUAAUGAAACAGCCCGGGGAUUGUUCGAAUUCUGACAAGUGAUCCCCUGCUGUGGACCAUUAUCCCGCUAUCUUUCAUCGCCAUCGUUAUCAUCAUCAAUUAUACCAUAGCGAAUAUCGGAGGCGUCAUUAUUAUCAUCAUUGCCAUUAUUACAACGAUCCUGCUUUUACGAACCAGUUUAAGGAUCGAUUAAAUGACGACUGCUACAACUCUCCGUGCAAGUUUUCAGUGAUUUUUCUAGACAUCCUCUGUAUCAAAGCCGAUGAAUUUUUAACUGAGGACAUUUCGCGAUUCACGGUACCAGGUAUACUCUUUACAAGUUCUUAUUUAUGAUAGUGAUUAUUCUUAAAGAAAAAUAAAAAAAAACAAACAAAAUAAAAAAAAAAACAAACAAAUGUGCGAUUGUAAAAUAUACGCAAAGCAUGUACAAAAGGAAAGAAAAAAAAGAAGUAUAAUGCAAAAAUGCCAUAUUCUUAUCUGUGUUGUUAAUAGGAUACGUUUUCAGAUGUUUUGUGUUAGGUAUUGAGUCGAGUAUUUCCUACCGUACCUAUCAGCUACUUAUCCUUAACUUACCUAUCUCUCCUCCCUUUUUCUCUCGUGACUAGUAAUAAGAGAUAUAAGCAAUGAAAAUAAUUCAAAAAUAACGUUGUGCUCUGAUUAGAUAAAACCAUCGCGUUUGACUCUAUUUACUCUAUAUUCAUACUUUUACUUCUACUACCCUGAAUCUACUGUUACUAUUACUCUACUAUAUCAACAUAUUAAAAUUAUUCUUAUCGUCAUUAUUACUAUUAUUAUUUUUAUUAUUAUUAAUAUUAUUAUUGUUAUAUAUUUUUUUAAUUAUCUGUCUUAUCGCUCUAUCACGUCAGAAUAAUUUUAUGCAAAUGUAUAUUUUCACAAUUCUUACGUGUAGAUAUUAUGUGAGAAAGUAAAGCGAAAAAGUUGAAAAAGAACGAGAGAAAGGAAGCGAGAAUGAGGGGAUAAGUGUGUAAAAGAAACCAUAAGUGUUCGAUCGUCUAGCUGCUGUUGCGCUCCUGUGUGUAAAAGUAGGGACAUAUAUAUAUUGCUCACUCUCUCUACUCGUUUAUUAACUUCUAGAUAGGUAAAUAGAAAGAUAGAUACAUAGCUAUGUAGGUAAAGGUAACUCUUUCAUCCUAAUUAUAUAGUCAUAUAAUCACAUGUGCAACUUAAGUAAUUUUAUACGACUUUUAUUGAUUGAUCAUGUUUUGUAAAUUAAGUGCAGUGUAGUUACACACACAUACAAACACACACACACACACACAUACGCGCGCGUAUAUAUAUAUUUAGGUUUUCAUAGUCAAUA